AUGGAGCUGACUCCACGCCGUCAUGAGCUUCUCUCCGUCUUCCUUCUGUCUUUCGGCACCAUGUUCAUGUACCUUGGCUAUGAUUCGCAGUCGGCUUUUGCGGAGAGUGUCGUCCACUCGGUGAAUAGCCGAGAUCCUGGCCGUAUCUCUUCCUAUGCUGGUUAUUAUGGGUCAGUUUUUGGGUCUUUUUUUCUUGAAGUAGGCUGUCGUUGUUCUAAUUUUUUUCCUUCCCUUUGAUGAGUUCUGUGCUCAAAAAACUUGCAGUGUUGGUUUUCCAAGCUAAAAUAAGAAUAGAGCAAGAUCUUUGCCUUGAGACUUUAAUGAACUUUCUUCUUACCUCUUCGAAAAUUCAAGCAGAAAUUCUUGAUGCCGUGUUCGAAGUAAUUUUCGCGAAAUGCAAAAUCAACUCUGACCCUCCAAGUUUUAGUUCUCAUUUUCUUUCUCUGACUGCCAUUUUGAAUUUUGCGGAAUCACUUUGAACACGGUAUGAAGCCUGAAAUUUUCCCAACUUGCGAAAUUGCUUGAUUUACUGCAUAAUUGAACCUCCGAUCAACGCCUCGUUUUCGAAAAAUAUCCCAAAAAGGAGCUUUUUUCUAUGACGUGGGAGCAACAGAACUUCUCACAAAAGUCCUUCCUUUUUUGUCGUCACUUUUCUCUAGCUUCUUUCCUGAUGUCUGACUACUUGGUUAUAUUGAUACUGGUUUUCCACGCUAUGUCUUUUCAACUAUCGAUUUGUUGAGUUGUCAAAACAAAAACAAAGAAACUGGUCCGUGAUUGUGACACUUUGAGAUAGUUUAUAUGGAGGGGGCUUUUUCAAUUUUCCUGACUUGAAUUUUCAAAUAAAAAGGGACUUGAACCAAUAAGAAUGGUGUUUUCAUUGCAGCCAAGCGAUUCACUACAUCUCCUUCGCUUUUUUCACCUUCUUCACCGCCAGCCUACAGUACUAUUUAUCGUCGAAAUGGAUGCUUGUAAUGGCUUCCUCGAUCUUCACACUCUAUUAUACUGGCUACAUGUACAUAAAUACCUACAUUUUCUACUUUUCCCAGUGCGCAUUGGGCUUUGGCUAUGCAGGUUUGUGGGUUUCUGAGUUAAAAAUGAAAGAAAAAAGAGGUUGGAGUAUCAUUUAUUAUGUCCUUUUAACUUUAGCGGUUCUGUAAAAAUUAUCUGGUUAUUAGACUAUCCAAAAAGUUCAAAAAGUUUGAAUUGAGAAAAUAUGGACCAUAACUUUUCGGGCAAAGUCGGAGGGGUGGAUAAUGGCCUCUAAAAGGCAGAGGCUCAAAAAAGGCCGCAAAAAGGCAGCAAAAAAAGUUCCCUUAUCAAGCCUUCCAUUUUUUCUGAAAUUUAAAGGCUCAAGAAAUGGUGGAAAAAGGGAGAGGCAGCAAAAAUGGUGCAUAAAAGCCGAUGAAAUGGCGCAAAAAGGCAGCAAAAAGGAACAUUUCUAUGGAUCCCUUUUCCACCCUUUCCGACUUUGCCUAUGUUGUGAUCAUAUGUAUAAAAAAAGGAAGAAGUUUACACGAAAAAAUAAAAAAAUUUUUUCAGUCUACAACUCUGCUGAAGGCGCCUAUCUGUCGGAGCAUUCCUCAGCUCGAACCAUCGACUCCAACACAGCUUUUGAAACCGGAAUCGGCCACAUGGGGUACUGCUGAAUUCAUAUUUCGAGAGAAGAAGCCCGAAUUCAGACUGUUCCUCGGUGGCAUCACCAUGUUCAUCGUGCUGACUUUCGUCCCCCACAAGUUCGAAGGCCAUCUCAUGACUUUCACCGAAGAGACGAUCCGGAUGAUCUACGGGUCCCUGAUGGCCCUCUCCUUCGUCUCCGUCAUCAUCUUCCUCAUGCUCCCCACCAAGCAGUUCAACUCGAUCGCUCUCAAUUCGAAUAACCGGAUCACCCCGUCGCUCCGCAAUCAGUUUGGUUAGUGCAUUUUGUCUUGGACCAUAAAUGGGCAAGUAGUUCCGGAUGACUUAGAAAAUCUUCAAAAAAUGAAUAGUAAAGCUUUUAGCCUUAAAAAAUACAUGAAAACAACGGUUAACCUUGGGGGGUGGUAGUACUGACUUUACUUUAGAAAGACUUUCCAGAAGAGUUAGGGCUUUUUAAAAAAAUGGUAUGCCUAUGUAUAGAAAGUCCCCCCCCGUUUUUUUAAAAUAAAGUUCCCCCCGUUUUUUUAAAAAGCCCCCUCUCCCAAAUCUUUUUAUUGAAGUUAUUAUUUAACGACUUUAAAAUGAAAAAAAAAAUCUAGAAAAAAAGUAUAAUCAUAUAUGUGAGCUCCAAGGCAAAAAAAGUUUGAUUUUUCGAUUUUUUUUUUGAAAAUAUUACGACGAAUGUAAUUUUGACAGCUCCGAAGAACGAAAACGGAAAAAGUGAGACAGAGAUAGAAAAUUUUUCGCAUUUCUUUCUCGAUUCGCUUUGAAACAAGAUGAUGAUCUUAAAGAGAUAAUGAUUUUUUUAAAAAUUGAAACGUCACGGUAACAAAAAUAGCUUGAAGCAUAAAACAAAAAUUCACAUUUUUACUGUCAAAAUGAGCUUUCAGAACGGUUCGGCGAAUCGAUGAAGCACUUCAACACGAUCCUGCUGGCGAUGACGUUCGUCUACAUGGGCUGCAUGAUCUCGUUCAUGUACGGCAUCUACCCGACGUCUUUGUCCUUCACGUCUUCGUCCGGAACCGACGUCUACAUGAUCACCGUCUACCUGUUCUCGGCUGGCAUCGCCGCCUUCACGAGUAAGGAUCCGACAAGAGAUUCAUCAAAAAAAUUAAAGAUUUUUAAAAAAAGAAGGGAUGAGUGGAAUGAGAUAGGUGAAAUAAGAAAAAAACAUGAAAAAAAUUAUUUUUUUCUGAUUAUUUUUGAAAAAGAAAAAAAUAUCCUUUGAACUUUUUUUAGUCAAAUCUUGUGGAAAUAGAGACAUAUCAGGAAAGUUCCAAGCUGCGCAAAUUUACUUUAGAAAUCGGACACCUCUUUAAGAUUUCUAGAUAUAAUGUAAUAAAAUGCAAGGUUAAAGCUCUCCUUUUCUUCUAAAAUAGGAAUUGAUAUCGAGUAGAAUAUGAUUUUUCUGAAGAUCCUAUUGAAAUUGAUUGAUGAAUAGCAUGAAUCAGCAAGAAAUGAGACACGAUGCUUUCGGCGAAUGCCUUGUACAAAUUUUGGUCUCACUUCACCAGAACUGACGUCAUUUUUGUUGUUUUUUUGAUCUCCCACACGGCAAACUGUUGUACUGUCGACUGUAAAGCGAACUUUUCCCAUCGAGGGUUCAAACGGUGUAGGAAUGCCGCGUUUGACCCGUUUCUGUGUCUGCUGCUAAAUAGAGUAGCCCCCCUCGUCAUUGCAAACGUUCUUUGAAGAGAAAAAAUGGACGUCUCCGCUGCAAGAUACGCUAUCUUAUCGGCUUUGCAGCGGAACAUUUUGAUCUAGUGUGUUCUGGUGAACUUGUGACGUGCGCCGCCGAAACUAGCAUUCCGGGAUUUCCGAGUAGAGAAGAUUGAUUCAAGAAGGAUUCUGAUGGAGUAGGGUUUUUUGUAGGAUACAUGGGGGAUAAUAAUUGGACCAGACCUUAAAUUUAUGAUAAAUAUUUAUUAAGAUGAUAAAAUUCAUAUGAGCAAACUAUUUUCAGCAUUUUUAGCGUUUUUUUUUCAACCCAUCUUUAAACUUCAUCAUUUUUUCCAAGAAAAAAAAAAUGGCGAAACUAAAUUGCACCAAAGGGGAUUCGAACUUGCAUCAUAGGUUCAACAGCGCAAGGCCGCUAGCCACUACCCUACGCCGACUGCUGGUAGCUAGUGUUGCCGCCGCAAGAUAUCCCCUCCUUUCAUCCAAUGCAUCCUUUGCGUGCAAGUUUUGAGGCGCCGUAACUCGACUAGAACCAAAAAAUGCACUUUUUUUAAUUUUUUGGAUUCAGGGUGUUCGUAAGUAUCUAUAUAACAAGUUUCAUCAAAUUCUAAUACCUCGACCUUUCGCACUUAGAUGAAGGUUAUGAAUUUCUGAAUCUGCAUAUUUUCCCAGUUUUCAGUAACGGAUGCUUCUAAUAAAAUUUCCUGGGCUAGAAACUACAUUUUGAAGCAUCCAUUCUCGAAAAAAUUGAGACACGGGCCUAGUCAAAAACGUCUCAAAAAGGACUUAUGACCUUUUUCUUAAAGAGGUAAAAAAGAAGUAGGUGGAAAAAAGCUGAAAAAAAGGAUUCCGAGAAACUUUCGACACCAUGUUAGAAACUCAAAAAGGAGCUUUAGCCUCUUCUCAAGCCUUUUUUGAGGUCGUUUGGACUUUGCCUGUGGAUGGGAUAGUUUUAAAAUAUUUUUCUGAUACAUCAAGGAUAGAGUUUUUGAGUGAACUAUUUUUUUUAUCAGUUGGAGGGGUUAAACUUUGAAAAUUUUCCAGGCGCGAUGGUCCUCCGACCGAUGAUCAAAAGAUUGCACAAGUUCAAACUGGUCGUCCCGGCGGCUGUCCAUUUCAUCGCCAUGGUCGGAGCCCUGACUCUGGCCUACAUGACCGUCCCCAACAACGCCACGAUCCGACCCACUGGACCCGAAGAAGAAGCCUACCUUCGGCCGAGGUUCGGCUGGGAUUCCAAGGCCUGGACAACGAAGUGUUUCAGCCGCACGAUCACCGCCAUCAUCGGAUUCCUGAUGGGCUUGAGCGACGUCACGAUCACCAUGUGCCGGACGGUAAUCUGUCAAAUCGCCGUUCCCGACUACCGCGCCGAAGUCUUCAGCCUCACGCGCGCUUAUCAGGUUUCGUUUCGACGUUUGUGGAGUCUUUUCCCGACACCUUCUCUUUUUUUACGGCGAUGCUUUUCGAGGUCUUGCAGGGAUGUUAAAAAUAGUGAAACGAAGGGAUAAGGCUUGGAAAGAUUUGAAAAUUGCAGGGGGAGUUGGAGCAUAGCCUCAACUGAAAUAUGAAGACUGAAGUUCCUACCAAAAAGACAGCUUUUUUUGCUGCCCCUCGUUUCAACAGAGUUUCGAAGAAACAAGAGAGGGGGGAAGUUGGAUCAUAACCUCAAUUGAAAGAGUCAGCGAUAGGUGAAGAGGAAGACGGAAGUUCCUACAAAAAAGGGCUGGUAAUUUUUCUCAUUUUUUGAAAAUUGACCAUUGUUCUAUGAAGCAUGAUUCCAGUGCGUCGCCUCCUGCGUGAUUCUCUUCGUGUCGCCCGUGCUGACGAUGACGUCAUGGCUGGUGAUCCUCCUCAUCGGACUAACCAUCGGCCUCGGAUGCCUCAUCACCGUUCUCUGCAGAACCCACAGCAACGACUUUGUCGCGCCGAUCCUUCCAUUGAAAGAGGAAUCUCCAGAAAUCCUACAUUAA